AUGGGUCGUCACUGCUUCUACGUUUACUAUGAUGGGGAACAGUAUUUCCAUGACUUGCAUGGGUUGUCCUAUAAAGGCGAGUCAGUGAAGCAGAAGUUCAUUGAGUUGAAAUGGGGAACACACUUGAGAAAAAUGCACCGGAAGAUAAUGGAAGCUCUACGGUUGGACAAGGAGUCACAUAAGAUAUCCAUUGUGUACCGUGCCCCCCAGAUACUUGUGAGUACUCAGGUUGUCUACAACUCAAAUCCGUUGGGUUGCGAUGCUGACGUGGACAUGAUGUGGGCAGUGAUUAAGCGGACCCCCCAGUUCAUAGCGUCUGACUUGUAUGUAACUGUUGAGGCUGUUGGGUUCCAUGGUAGUGCAAGUUCACAGCAUGCCAGUGGGGUGGAAGAGCCACACUCAUUGUCGGUUGACGUGCAUCCUCCCUUUGCCUAUGCCACGCCUUUCCCCUACAAUAAUCAACCAUGUGCAAUAGAUCAUUUGGACAACACCGAAGUGGUGGGCGCCACCAAUACACAUGAUGUGGGAGGGUCUAUUCACACAUAUGAGCAUGUCCAAGCUGAUAUGGACGGGGGAAUUGAUAUUGAUGCCAGCCGAGAUGUGUAUGAAGAGUUCAUUGAUACUGAUGGACCAGUGGACGACGCGGAGGUCUUAGAUGUACCACUGAUUGAAAAUAACGAGGAGGAUUGCCUUACAACAGUUCCUAUCCCAGAAUGGUUCACAUCAAACACAUGGGACAAUAUUAAUGACCCAUCACCUGCAUUGGGUACAGGACAUCUUACAAGUUGGCAUAAAGAUGACCACCCAGCAAGGGGGAUGCUAUUCAAGAAUAAAGCCUCUGUUCAAUAUGUGUUGACCCUCUACUCUGUGGAGCAUAAUAAGCAAUACAAGGUCAUCAAGUCUGACACCAAUAGGCUGGUAGUGCGGUGUAAGAAUGAGGCAUGUCUGUGGUCAAUUCGGGCCAAUUGCAGCAAGAAGCACGGGAUGUGGGUUAUCAGUACAUGUAAGGGUCCCCAUAGUUGCUCAUCCCUCCAGCUACCAACUGAUGGGCGGAUGAUGGAUUCAAAGUUCAUCUCCAUUGCACUUGAGAAGUAUGUACGGGAAGACCUAACCCGAAAGGUAAGGGACUUGCGUAGUAUGUUGCAUGCAAGGCAUGGGCAUGAUGUAACUAUGUACAAGGUUUGGGAAGCCAAACAGAAGGCAGUUGCACGUAUUUACGGGGAUUUUGACGAGUCGUACGCAGAAUUGCCACGAUUUCUAGCUGCAUUGUCUGAUGCAGAUCCGGAUACUGUGACCACACUAAAGUGUGACCCCAAUGUCCCGGGGACUUGUAUAUUCAACUCCGCGUUUUGGGCUUUCGGUCCGUGUAUUAGAGGGUUUAGGCAUUGCAGGCCGGUGAUAAGCAUAGAUGCAACGCACCUUUAUGGCAAGUACAAAGGAAAGCUGUUGAUAGCAAUGGCAACAGAUGGUAACAACGAGGUUUAUCCACUCGCAUUUGCCGUUGUCGAAAGCGAGAGCACGGAGACAUGGGGAUGGUUCUUGGCAUGCCUGUUGACCUAUGUUACAGACCGCACCAAUUUGUGUAUAAUAUCCGACAGGCAUCGUGGGAUACAAUCAUGCUUCGAUGACACCACUAGGGGCUACUUGCAACCGCCCUUAACCCAUCACCGGUAUUGCCUCCGCCAUUUAGUAAGCAAUGUUAACACUAACUUCAAUAGUGUGUCGUUGAAGAACUUGGUAUGGAACGCAGCAACUGCGAAUCAAGUUAGGAAGUUUGAGAACACCAUGGAUUGCAUCAAGAAUGUCAACCCGGCUGCGUACGACUAUCUUAAGGAGGUAAAUCAAGAAAAGUGGACACUUGUACACGACCAUGGGCACCGAUAUGGGGCAAUGACAACCAACCUGUCAGAGUGCUUCAAUGGGGUACUUAAGGGCGCACGUAGCUUGCCCAUAACUGCAAUGGUGAAGUUUACAUUUUACAAGAGAAGGCGAAGCUCCAUAUUGUUAGAAGGAUGA